AUGGAGCCUUCGAAUGCUGUAUCCCUGGCUUCAUCCAUCAUACAACUUGUCGAGUACUCGGCCAAAGUGGUACACAAGGGUAAAGUGGGCGGUCUACACGCAUCUGAUGCCAACACCUUGAAAGAACCUACACUGCUCGAUGACGCGAUAGCUAACCUCGCCGACUUAUCACAACAACUCAGGAAGACACAGCAUGUAGUCCGAGAUUCCAAUACCACUCCUGAUCAACACAACACAGCGGAUGCGCAACUUAUCGCAUGUGCGAAAGAUGGUGCGGGAGUGGCGAAGAUUUUACAAGCCACACUGGACCAAGCGAAGCGCAACCACGACGUGGGCGAACAAACUGUACUUGAUCAUGGACUACGCAGCGUCUUGUGUUUGUAUUAUAACCAGAAGACGAUAUCAGCUUUUUUAGACACGCUCAAUUCUGUUCGUAAGCAAGUAGAUAUCGCUCUUCUCGCCUCACUCAGAAAAUGCAUCUCACAGCUUGAUCAAGCUCAUCUGGAAAAGGGAUGGCUUUCCGGGGACAAAGCGGCCAACGCCCGUGUGCAGUUACUUUACGCCGUCAACCAUCACAAUUGGAAGCCCACGGAAACGGCUGACAUUUCAUCGUUUUCAGACACCUUAAAAGGCUCCGUUGUAAGCGGCGACAUAGAAAGUCGCUUUGCAAGCAUGAUUUUGGCACACUUACGAUUCACUGGCUUACCCGAUCGCUUGAAGGCAGUCCCGUGUACGCACCCCGGAACUUUUCAAUGGACAUUCGACGGAAGCUACCAUCGGAACGAUUCUCGUGAUUACGAAUCCUUCCCUCGGUGGCUCGCUGCAGUCGAUUGUAGCAACCUCUAUUGGGUUUCUGGCGAGCCCGGUGCUGGGAAGAGUACGCUGAUGAAGUUCCUAUCCAGUCACCGUCGGACUGCUGCCCAAUUACAAACCUGGGCCAAGGCAAAACCAGUCGUCAGGGGAAGGUUUUUCUCCUCAAGUCUGGGAAACAACAUGCAAAAGUCGCGAUUGGGCCUUCUACAGACUUUGCUUUAUUGCGCACUCAAACGUGACAGGAAGACCCUACUACAUGUUUUCCACCAUCGCUGGCAGCAAUUUGGGACUUUUGGCGGGGGUCGACAACCUUUUACAUGGAACGAGCUACGCCAUGUCUUCAUCAUGAUGGUUUCCACCCCUCUCACGCCGAGGUCAUUUUUCUUCGCGAUCGAUGGCCUAGAUGAACUUGACGGAGACCCGAAAGAACUUGUGCAAUUUCUCACGGACGUGGCUAAGUUUCCGCAAAUCAAACUUUGCGUAGCUAGCAGGCCAACACCAGAGUUCCUUCGCAUUUUCAGAGGCGAGCCUUGUCUUCGCCUCGAACGCUGCAAUCGCCAAGACAUCCACAAUUACGUCAAGGCUUCGUUAAUAGGCAACGAAGUGUAUGCAAAGUUCAGUAGCUCAGACCCCGGAUCUGCUACCAAUAUCAUCAAAAAUAUAGCCAACAAGGCAGCCGGCAUCUUUCUUUGGGUACAUGUCGUGGUAAAUGUUCUACUUGAUGGACUGGUGACAACAGCCCGCAUUUACGACCUUAACGCUCAACUAGAUUCCCUCCCGUCUGGGUUGGAGCAACUCUUCACGAAGCUCAUUGGUAGUCUGAAUACACGGCACCUGAGGCACGCCUGCCAACUCUUCCGUUUGUUCGCUGUGAAAACACGACCAAUGUUACUGGAGCUCUGGUUUGCAGACUGUGAGAAUGAUGAUCCAGCACUGAGGAGCCAGGCCAGACCGCUGUCAAGAUCCGACAUCUUGGUGCGCCUCGGAACUAUGAAACGUCAGCUAAACUCUCGAUGUCGAGGUCUACUAGAAGUGGAAAGCUCGCACAAGGGCUCCAGCGCCGUGCUGUCGGAAGCAUCUCAUGUCACCUGGACACAUAGCAUUGCGCGCGACUUCGUCCGAUCUCAGCGAGUCUGGAACAACGUGCUCGAUAAUACCGGACACGACGCUUUCGAUCCGCAAUGGCACUGGGCCAACAGCCAACUCGGUCUAUUCAAGACACUUGCUGGUACCAUUAGUACCAAGACCUCCCACUUCGCAUCCUGCAUCGAAUACGCAUUAAGACUAGAACACCGUCUCCAGAUUUGUCCAAUCAAAUUUCUGGAUGAAGUAGGGCGUACUGCAGCCAUAUACUCGACGGUAUACGGCGAACUAAUACCCCGCAAGCUAAAUGUCAGCAUCGAUGACUUUCUUGAUUUUGCUGUGUUGUUCAACCUCACCAGCUAUGUUCGUACCAAAGGUGUCACGCUACCAAGAGAAGACUUGGUGCGUAGUUGUCGCUUACUAGGCUUGCUAGAUGUCAAGCAAUGGGAGGUAUGUUCAAAACGCUUUGGCGCCCCAGCAGUCUGGAACGCGGAUUUCGAGGAAAGGAAAAGAGAGAUGGAGCGUGUAAUGAAUGGUUUGCUUGAUCGUGGGAAUGAUAAAUCGAGAUGGGAGAGGGCUAAGAAGAAGCUGUCUAGGCAGAGAAAGACGUAA